CGCGCAAAUAACCAAAACAAACAUUCAACAAUGAAACAUUUAUCAAAAAUUAUUCGUGAUAUCACUUUCCGAUGUUCUUGUGCCGCAAAAACUCCAUUCACCGAAGACCUUUCACAACGAAUUUUGGGCUUGACACCCUUUGAGAAGUCAUUAAUUGCUGAUUUUGUGUACACCUUAGAGUACGACAUCGGAACAGGACGAAUUUUAUCUCUGCUCUCCCGGAUUUCAUUGAUUUCCAUUCAUCAAUAUGUUAGUCGAAUCGAAGACUCAGCAUUACUUCUGAACAUCUACAAUGAUUUUUUGGAGACCCAACCUUCGUUAUUUGCGGAAUUAGUGGAAGGCGCUCGCAGUUCUGUGCAUUUAAAAGCAGCUUUGGAUGAUUUUUUGGAGGAUUUUUUGUCAAAUUUGGAAGGAUUGACGUCAAAUCCGUUCAAAGAAGUGUUCGGACUUGUCACGGAAGACACGCAAAAACUUUUAAUCGAGACAAUUUUCGGUAAUUUAAUGAAAAAUGGAGACAUUUCCAUCGAAGACGCUGUGAGUAAUCAACAUUUAUGGACAAAACAGGACCCUAUCAAGGAUUUGAUCAUUAAAGAUUGUCUUUUAAUUGGUGAAGCAGAGGCUCAUUUAAUGUUUUUGCAUCGUUACGCUUUGGCGAAAUCAAAAUCCGAGGUCAAUUGGCGGGGAUAUUGUUCAAUUUUGGGCAUUUUUUCUCGAAUUUACGGCUCAAAAUGUCUUUCGAUGAGCCGAAAAACCCUAAGUGAUGACUUUAAAAAGUUCGUAAAGGACAGAAAUGACUUUUUAUUGCAUUUUAUUCUCGUAACUGUGCGUCAAAUGUGUCUUUCGGCACCGAAUGACGUCAAAUACGGCGAUUGGUAUAAGCAAAAUAUCGGAGAAAUGAUGUACAUCAUGGACAAAGAGGAAUUUUUGUACGUGAUGAAGGUGCUGACAAAGUUAAUUGAGCUCGAAACGAACAAAGAAUUCAUCAAAACGCACAUAAAUACGCGAAUUCAGGCGCCUCCGUUGUGUAACGACACCGUUUUAGCCUUUAAAGCCAUUUUAAGGAGUAGAUUGGAGACGCUGGAGGGAAAAAAUCAACAAGAAGUCAUUGAAAUUGACUUGUCACCCAACGAAUAA